GGUUAAAAUAAAAGCAACACUGAAUUGGCAACCCUGUUGUGCGUAAUGAUACAAAAAAAUCAGAGAGGUUCUUUAUCACAAUUUUGACCAAUUUGCUUGCUGGAGUAUUGGGGAAAAGGCAAAAUAAAAUUGUUGAAAACUAUGAUACGGUUCAUUUUGAUACAAAAUCGUGCUGGUAAGACGCGUUUGGCCAAGUGGUAUAUGAAUUUUGAUGACGACGAAAAGCAGAAGCUGAUCGAAGAGGUGCAUGCAGUGGUGACAGUACGGGAUGCAAAACACACAAAUUUUGUCGAGUUUCGGAACUUUAAGAUUGUGUACCGCCGAUAUGCCGGACUCUACUUCUGUAUCUGCGUUGAUGUAAACGACAACAAUCUGUGCUAUCUUGAAGCGAUACACAAUUUUGUGGAGGUACUUAACGAGUACUUCCAUAAUGUAUGUGAAUUGGACCUUGUAUUUAACUUUUAUAAAGUUUACACGGUAGUAGAUGAAAUGUUCUUAGCUGGAGAAAUACGUGAAACGUCGCAAACAAAGGUGCUAAAACAAUUAUUGACGCUGAACUCACUGGAAUAAAAACUGCUGCCAUCGAUGCAUUCCAUUAAAUAAAUGUGUUUAUUCCGAAAAUUAAGUACGUUUCAGGCGCAAGGAUAAUCCUACCUAUGAUUGGAUAUUGGAGUUUAUGAUGGUCAAUCCAUCAGUUUUCGAAUUUUUUUCACCGCUUCCCCUUUCCAUUAUAUUGAUAUGUUACCCAGCAUACCUUUCUGCCCAUUUAAGAAAAGUAAUUAGUAUUUGUUAAAGUGCUUGUAAAGUUAUUGUAGACAUAAUUAUUAAUGAACAUGUAUUACUAAUAUGUUCUUACUCAAAGUCACACUGAUAUUUAAAUAAAAUAUAUAAAUAACCAA